AUGUCUACAAUACAAAAACGAGGCUCAAUCUUCACUGUUAUUUUGAAACCACACAAUGCUGCAUUUCAAACAAGAACCUUGGAACUCAAAGACAAGGUCAAGAUUCGCAUUGGUCGACAAACCUCAUCAAAAACGGCUCCUACAGCCUUUAAUGGAUACUUUGACUCGAAAGUAUUAUCGAGACAACACGCCGAGAUUUGGUGCGAUAGGAGCAAAGUGUAUGUAAAGGAUGUGAAAUCGAGCAACGGCACUUUUGUCAAUGAGGAAAGAUUAUCCAACGAAGGCGAAGAGAGCGAGCCUAGGGAAUUGCACGAUAAAGACGAGAUAGAGUUUGGCAUUGAUAUUCUGAAUGAUCAUGGUGCCAUCAUGUACCAUAAAGUGUCGUGCUCUGUAUAUGUAUUUCCAGUGCCAUUGUCCCAGGUGGAUGAUGGUAUCAUCAAAGAACUAUCAAACAGCCACCACGUGCAAGUGUAUCCAGAUCCGCAUUCAUUAGUGCGAAAAUCAUCCACAUCCUCCAUUAGCACUCUCUCCUCCAUUGGAUCAGACAUGACGAAUGGAUCUUCUUCGACGAUAGCAGCCAUGACAUCAGGAGGUAUAGCAUCUACAGGAGGAAUAAGUACUGGCGGCACUGGAGGAGGAGGAGGAGGAGGGGUAGGAGCUGCUGCUGCUGCGUCAGGAAAGAGAUCAAAAAAGUUGGAAUCCGUGUUAGCCAAGUUACAGUCUGAAAUAGAGAAAUCAAGACAUGUAGAGAAUGAGCUCAAGACGAUCAAGAACACAGUGACAGAUUUAGACAAAGUAUUCAGUGAGGACCGAUUAAGAAAAAGUGAUGAGCUCCAAGCGCAAUUGAAUCAAGCGGAAGCUACCAUCAAAUCCUAUGACGAAAAAUGGAAAUACCAAAACCAAACGAUACAGACAGCAAAAAACGAACUACAUCGAUUUGAAAAAGAGCUAGACAACAGCAGAUCCGAGCGAGACGGGAUCAAGCAGCAAUUACUGGCAGAGAGCCAGAAAGUAAAGGAUCUUGAGCAUCGUUUAGAAGAGCUAUCAAGGCAGCAACCCAAGAAACCGACAUCUGCCACUACAUCAUUUAGUUUUCUGGAUGCGAUUCAAAUCAAAAGCAUCCAAAUUUUGUUUGCUGUAUUGAUAGGUGUCAUUUCCACUCUGAUCUACGUUUUAUGCAACUAA